AUGCCUCACACUUCAACAAUAACUGAUGUUGUGGCUGCUGAUGCAUCUUCAUGGUGUAUUAGCUUGGCACAAUAUAACCGACAAACUACAGAGCAUCAAAUUUGUAAGGGGUCAGAGAUCCAAUGGGAACAACUCUCAAAGAUAAAAUGCCUUUGGAAUCUUGAGAUUAUAGACGACCCAGGAUUUCUUUCAAUAGCCCCGCUCUCAAACCUCACGUCUCUCACCCGGUUAGGGCUGUUAAAUUGCGAGAAUAUAAGAAUGGAUGGGUUCAACCCUCUCAUCACACUCGUCAACCUCAAGGAAUUGGAGGUCUAUAAUAGAGAUCACCCUCGAUCUGUAGCCGCGGAUCUUCUCUCGGAUUUGGUGAUGGCGAGCAGGGCAAAAAAUGUGUUUCCUGCAACAGGCUCCUUCCAAUUGGAAAAACUUGAGGUGGACAGCUCCUCAGCAGCGCUAGUUGCUCCAAUCUGCGCCCUCCUUGCCGAUACCCUCCAGGAGUUAAGUUUCUGGUAUGAUAAGCGGGUGCAAAGCUUGACGGAAGAGGAAGAGAACGCGCUUCAGCUCCUCACCUCCCUCCAACACCUGUCUUUUGUGGAGUGUCAAGGUUUGCCGUCCCUCCCUCAAAGGUUGCACCACCUCUCUUCUCUCAAGAAACUAGAAGUCAUUAGGUGUGCUAAAAUUCGAUCACUGCCCAAGGAGGGCAUCCCCAAUUCUCUGAAAGAGCUAGUCAUAGUGGACUGCGGCCCCGAGCUACGCGAUCAAGUCUACACAGUGAAACAAAAAUACCCAGAUUUGCAGGUGUCAUGACCUG